AUGAAGCGACGACAAAGAAACACAGACUCCCACGAUGAGGACACAACCGAGAACAUGGCAGCAGCUAUUAAAAACAAGGACCCACAUCCAGAUCUUCAACCGCCGGGUUCAUCUUCUCCAUCAUCAUCAUCUUCUCCUCCUCUUCUCCCACUGGCCCUGCCACCGUCCACAUCUGCCUCCGCUCUCCUGGCUCUGGCCUCUCCGGCCACCAGGCGCUCCAUUUCCAUGGGAGACUUCCGGAGGGUGGCAGGGGCUCUCCUAACCAGGUCCGACCCCCCGUCCACCUCAGCCACGGCCCCCUCGUCCAAGCACGUCACCCCCAGCUCCAGCAUGGAGUUCGAGGCGGCUCGUCGGCGCCUCCUGGAGGUCGAGGAGCGCCAGCGGGUCAUCAGAGAGAUGGAGCGACGGCUGGAGGAGCUCAGGGAGGUGUUUGUGCGCUCGGAAGAGGAGGUGGUGGUUCACGGGGAGGUGGUGUCGCGGAUAUCCAGCGGGGCCCAGCAGGGGGAGCUGUUUGUGGCGGAGAACAGCCAGCGGCUGAAGAAAGGCCUGAGGUUCAAGAAGCAUCGACCCACCAUCGUCUUCUCCUCCAUGCUUGGACUACGCACGUGCCUUCCCUGGCCUGUGAAGCUCAAAUAG